UGAGGGCAGGGCUGUUGAGACGCGGCUUUCGGGGUAGUGGUUGGGAUCGUAGAUAAGGCAAGCAGAGCCGGCGGGCGAGCUGUGAGGCCUUUGGUGACUCCGCCAGUGUUGCCUUAGAAACUUGAAUUAGAAGUGGAAUUGGUGCUUUGCCAUGUAAGCAAAUUCUAAUGAAAUUUCCCUGAAACAGGCCCAACAACAGCAAGACAGGCUGGAUGCAAGUAUUUCUUGUUGAGGUAGCAUCUUAAGCAUCCAUUAUCAAAAUGUGGUGCUCUGUGGUAAUUCUUGGUCUGUUUGUGGUCCUCACAAGUGCCCGUAAUGUUCCAUACUUCCAUCCUCUUUCUCCUGACUUAGUGAACUAUAUCAAUAAGCUCAAUACCACAUGGAAGGCUGGACACAACUUUGCCAAUGCUGACAUGAGUUAUGUGAAGACGUUGUGUGGCACCUUCUUGCAUGGCCCCAAACUGCCAGAGAGGUUUGAAUUUGCUGGUGAUUUGGUCUUGCCACAAAGCUUUGACUCAAGGCAACAAUGGUCAAACUGCCCAACCAUUCGUGAAAUCAGAGACCAAGGCUCUUGCGGUUCCUGCUGGGCUUUUGGUGCAGUUGAAGCCAUGUCAGACCGGGUUUGUGUCCAUACUAAUGGCAAAGUGAAUGUGGAAAUUUCUGCUGAAGAUCUGCUCUCUUGCUGCGGGUUUGAAUGUGGAAUGGGUUGUAAUGGAGGUUAUCCUUCAGGAGCAUGGAAAUACUGGACCGAAAAGGGCUUGGUGUCUGGUGGCCUUUACGACUCACAUGUUGGCUGUAGACCAUACUCUAUUCCACCCUGUGAGCAUCACACCAAUGGGACUCGGCCCCCAUGCACCGGAGAAGGUGGUGACACCCCUGAAUGCGUCAAAACAUGUGAAGCUGGUUAUUCUCCUUCAUACAAGCAAGACAAGCAUUAUGGAGUGACUUCCUAUAGCGUGCCUGGCAAUGAGAAAGAAAUAAUGGCUGAGAUUUACAAAAAUGGACCAGUGGAGGGAGCCUUUACUGUUUAUUCUGACUUCCUCAUGUACAAAUCAGGUGUCUAUCAGCAUGUUUCUGGUGAACCAGUUGGUGGCCAUGCAAUCCGAAUUCUUGGCUGGGGUGUUGACAAUGGCACACCUUACUGGUUGAUAGCUAAUUCCUGGAACACAGACUGGGGUGAAAAUGGCUAUUUCCGAAUCCUCCGUGGGGAAGAUCACUGUGGAAUUGAGUCCGAGGUUGUAGCUGGAAUCCCUCGCACAAGCCAGUACUGGAAGCAGCUGUAAUCAUCCUGCCAGCUGAAUGGCACAUAAUCAUACUUAUAAAGAUAGAAGACAUGGUGGCAAUCCUUUGCUCUAAGACAUUUUAGACAUCAGGAAUUUUUUUUAAGCCUUUAACAUUUUUUUAAAAAAAAUAUACAACACAGAUAUCUCUAGCAGGCUCUCCUUGGGUCUGAAGCAUGAGGCUUUCUAAUUUUCACUCAACAAUUUUUCAUGACUGGCAAGACAGAAUGGCAAGGAAAUUAAGGUGAAACUGGCUGUUUUAAAUGAAAUACCUCUAAAGCAGUGGUUCUCAACCUGUGGGUCGGGACCCCUUUGGGGGUCGAACGACCCUUUCACAGGGGUCGC